AGAAUAAUGGGAAGCCCCUGCUGGUCCGUGAGGAGUCAUCUCUUAAUAUUCCAGCUAUUGGUGCUGCCCAUGUUCUCAAGAGAUACGUUGCCCAGGCACCGGAUGAACUCUCCUUGGAGGUGGGAGACCUCGUGUGCGUCAUCGAUAUGCCGCCUCAGGAGCUGAGCCCCCGCUGGAGAGGCAAGCACGGCUUUCAGGUUGGAUUUUUCCCUGGUGAGUGUGUGGAGCUCAUUAACGGAAAAAUCCCGGAGUCUCUCAUCAAUUCAGUGCCAAAGCCAGUGCCAAAGAAGCGCGGCAAGCUCCUCACCUUCCUUCGUUCCGUGGUGAAGGCCCGCCCAAAGCAACGGAAAGAGCGGGAGGUGGAGAAGGAGAGGGUGUUUGGCCGUGACCUGGGAGAGCAUCUUCUCCACUCUGGUCGUGAUGUCCCCCAGGUCCUCCAGAGCUGCGCCGAGUUCAUCGAGCAGCAUGGCGUGGUGCAGGGGAUAUACCGCCUGUCCGGCGUGGCGUCCAACGUCCAGAGACUGCGCACCAAGAGAAGGUCUCCUGUGGGAACAUCCCAUCCAGCACGGCUGACGUGGUGCUGGUGGCCGAUUCUAACCGUCCGCGACGUUCACAGCGCGAGCUCCCUCUGCAAAAUGUACUUCAGGGAGCUCCCGACCCCCCUGCUGACCGACCAGCUGUACGACAAGUUCUCGGAUGCUGUUGGUGCCACUACGGAGGAGGAGCGGCUGGUCAGAAUGCGGGACGUCAUCCAGCAGCUGCCCGCUCCUCACUACAGGACCCUGGUGUUCCUGAUGAGACACUUGGCCUGUCUGGCUGCAAAGAGCUCUGUCACCAACAUGCACGCUAAGAACUUAGCCAUUGUGUGGGCUCCAAACCUCCUAAGAUCACAGCAGAGCGAGUCUGCCUGCGCCAGCGGGAGAGCUGCCUGCACGGAACUGCAGACGCAGUCGGCCGUGGUGGAAUUCAUCAUCGACCACACAGACGUCCUCUUCUGCUCCACAUCCGGAUCGGACAUUGCAGAUGGAGCAGGGCACAGUUCUCUCUCAGGGCCCCAGUCUGUGCGGACCUCUUCUCCUGCCACAGAGCUGCUCAGCCUGGAGGAGGCGCAGGCACGGAGGCGAGGCCACAGCAGCUCUCCUGUCAUUGUGACAGAGAGCAGGGACAUAGAGGUGGAAGAAGGCCCCACA